AUGGCAUUGGCAAAUUCCAGACCUUUGCAAAUACCAACUUUAGAGAAUGAAAUCCUUCAUAACUCAAAUUCCCCAGUUUUUCAAUUGAGUUCAAUGGGCUUUACCACUAGAGCUGACACUAUUUCGAAUCCGGGUACGGAUCUUGUUGGAAACCAGCCGAGCAUGACACUCGAUGAUAAUAGUUUAUCUGGUUCUUCAUUUUCGUCAUCUCAGGAAACUAAAACCUCUAAACCUAAAAAAGAUUCUGGCGUCUUAAAGAAAGACAAUCCACUAUUAGAAAUAUCUAAGUUGAUACCUGUUACCGGUGAAAUACCAAAGCCCGAAAAUAGAGACUCCCCUCUGGAUGAUGAUGUCCUUCAUGCGGUUUUUGUAAUAUUAUGGGAGAUGGACCCGAAUCAACAAGGUAUGACUGUUAAACAAUUGUGUGAUUUACUUUUGCAAAAACACCCGGAUAUGUCUAAUUUAUCGACCAAAUUAUCAAACUUGAUUUCUGCGAAACUGAAUGCUUAUGUUAAGAAAAUCGAAAAGGGCGAGAAGACGUUAAUUUAUGCUUUAUCGAGAGAGUGGUCGAAUUCUUCUCCUAGAAGGAUGCUUUAUAUCUACAGAGGGAUAUUAUCACCUGAUUAUAAAGAGCAUGCCCAGGCUGUCACGAUGCAGCUUAAGCAACAAUUAGAAAAGUUGAGUGAUUCAAGCGACUUUAAUCCAACUGGCAAGAAAAAAAAGGACUCUAACGACAACGGCAAUCAGCAGGCUAGCAAUGAUAGUUAUUCGAGCUCGAUGGCGGAUAUGAAAAACGUAGCUUCUAACAGCUCCUUUUCAAAAAAUUUGAAUGUGGGAAAUUUGGCCUUUUCGUUAAGUCCAGAAUUCAACAUACCUUACUCGACUUCUCCAGUGUCACUAAAUUUGUCACCGUCAAUAAGUAGUAACCAACAGCAAUUACAGACACCUUCUACUCCAGCAUCGAAGAGUAAGAACAUCAAUAAGAAAAGAAAUUAUCCAGAUGACGAUGCUCCUGAUUGCAUGACGGAACCAAAGAGGAGUAAAGCCGCAAAAACAGGAAAACAAACAAAAUCCCAAUCCUCAUCCGUUUUAUCGACACCAAAAAAGAUACUAUCUUCUACUUCGCUAUCUGCCUUUGUAGGUUCCAAGAACGUUUCCCCAGAGUCUUCCGUGUCCCGUAAUACAUCAUCAAAUACUUAUGUUACUGCAGCAGCUGCUGCACCAAGACUUUCUAAACUUUUGCCAAAGAAUGGGUUCAAGAAAAACUCACGCAGCUCUUCCGAGCUGGCUGCCAUUCAUAAGGUAAUCUCCACACAGACUCCCAUUGAAAGUUCUUCAGAGAGUUCUGUAAACAGCAGUAGUAGCAGUUCGCCAGUUAGCAAUGCUACUGCUGGUUGCUCUACUGAAUCUUUGUCAGACUUGAAUUCUAGCCAAGACAAUGAAAGAGAAUCGAACCUGAAUGCUCAAGAACCACGAAACGAAGUUACGAAUUGGAUGAAAAUUGUGAGAAAUGGAUUUUUGACCCACGAUAUCGAAUCUCCAGAAUCAAUCACCUUAGAUGACCUAGAAAAUAUAUUCAAUUGA